AUGUCCAACCAAUCUUUGCCAUUCCGAAACGAAAAGUUCAUGUCAGGCCUUAUCUCUGAAACGCGACGAGAGCACCCACGAUACAUAUCCAACUUCGCAGAGGAUAUCGCCCAGUCCUAUCAGCUACGCGUCGAAGUCGACAGAGCAAGUCGGGAGUUCAAGGAAGAAACCGCAAACUAUAUUGAUAACUCGAUGCUCCUGCAAGUUGAAGUAAUAAGGGUAGCCAAGACUGUGCUUAUAGGAGACACUUGUGUACUGGCCGAGGAAGAUAUCACAACUAUCUUCAAUCAACUCCGUACCAAGGCUAUUUCAGAGCGCUGGUAUGAGUGCUCUCUAGAGAAUAUGCAGGAGAACGAGAGGCUUCGAUUGCAGGAGAAGACAGUCAGAGAUAUGUAUUACGCGCUGUACCAUCAGAAAGGACGACCGCUCUUGACACGUAACAAUGGCUAUUAUACACGUCGUAUGGAUUGGUAUGCUCGACGUCUGUUUAGUCAGGAAAGUUCAUCAGAAGAUGGAGCAUUGCAAAUCCAAACUGCAAAGAGACUUGAUUUCCUUCAGCAGUUGGUAGAAACCUCUGUACCUGGAAGUUCUGCUUCUAGCACUACUUAA